AUGACGAAAAACAGUGAAAUAAGACUUCUUGGAACUGUUGCAAGUCCAUAUGUUAACCGAGUUCAAUUCGUCUGCAACCUCAAGUCCAUCGAUUACGAGUUUGUUGCUGAAAAUCUUGCUUGUAAAAGUGAGCUACUACUGACAUCGAACCCGAUUCAUAAGAAAGUCCCAGUCCUUUUACAUGCGAAUGAAUCACCCACUUGUGAGUCUCUUGUCAUAAUCCAGUACCUAGAAGAAAUCAAACCCGAUGUCCAUCCCAUCUUCCCUUCGGCCCCUGCAGAGCGAGCUAACAAUCGGUUUUGGGCCCACUAUAUCGAUAACCAGUUUUUUCCAUUAUACGAAAAAUUGAGGAUCACACAAGGGAAAGAAAGGAAAGAAGCAAUAAAACAAGAAAUCAUCGAAGGAUCGAUAGUAUUGGAGGAAGCAUUUGUGAAAACUUCCAAGGGGAAGGCUUAUUUCGGUGGAGAUGAUGUCGGAUUUUUGGAUGUUGUUCUUGGAUGUUUUCUUAGCUGGACAUAUUUUGUUGAGAAAGAAAACAAGUUCAAGAUUUUUGAUGAAGUCCGAACUCCAAGACUUGUAGAAUGGACAAAACGUAUAUGGUCACAUGAAGCCAUUAAGAGUGUGAUCCCAACGAAUGAAAUAAUCAGUGAGUUCUAUAUGAUGCUUCAAAAAUACAGACCGCUAGGAGCUUGAAAUCACUUUACGUUUAUUUAUUUAGUACUUAAAACAUCUUUUAACGCCAUCAUAUUUCAAUUUGGUUUGAAUUGUGGAUUCUUUUUUACGGAAAUAAAGAUCACAGUAGUGCUCUUUUUGGUG